GGGGUUGCAAUGGGCACUGAGACAGUAAAGAAGAAGGCUGGACCCCCUCAAAUUGUUAAAUUGGACAAGGCAUUGAAACUGGCUGAACAAUGGGUUAAUAAUAUGAGUGGAUCUCUGGAGCAUGAACCAGUCGAAGUAGAGCCAGAAGGCCGACCCCCUAAGCUGGGACUAGGAGCUAAAGUUUCUCGGCAAUUCAAAGUUGGACCUUCUAAUGAUCCUGUUGAAAGAAAAUUAUAUGCAAAGCUAGAUGUUGGAAAAAGAAAAGCCUCCAAAAGCAUUGAGGAGUCUACUUCAUAUGGUAGGGAUGAAUCCACUGAGGAAGAAGAGGAAGGGGAUUUAGAGAGUAGAAGUAGUGUGUUUACCAAGAAGAGAGCAGUUCCUCCUACGCCAACUUUACAGGCAAAGAAGAAACAGAAGUAACUCAAAUCUCUUGUAAAAUUGGCUCUUAUUAACUUGUGUUGUAAUUUCCUGCGUUACAUACUUGAUAACUUUAAUAUUUUUCUUAAUGGGAACCAAGGUUGUGCCUAUUAUUUUCCUUUUAUAUACUUGCCAAUUAUGAAAUUAUCUUUGUCAAAGAAUCAAAUGUACAUAUUUGC